UAAUACAUAUACAUAUAUAUACACAACAUAUAAACGCGCGCGCGCGCGAAUUCGACAAGAUGCCGCUCUUCGGCAAGAAGGACGGGAACAAGAAAAUCAAGAAGGACGGGAAGGAUGACAGGUCGCCCUCCGUUGAGGACAAGUACGUCCUGAAGGAUCUCUUGGGCACGGGUGCCUUUUCCGAGGUAAGGCUAGCGGAGAGCAAAGAGAAGCCUGGUCAAAUGUUUGCCGUGAAGAUAAUCGACAAGAAGGCGCUAAAGGGAAAGGAGGAUUCAUUAGAGAACGAAAUCAAAGUCCUGCGAAGGUUCAGUGAAAGUGCGACACCACAGAGUGGUGGCGGAUCGCUCAGGUCGGAUAGUAGUGGCGAAAAGAGAUGGUUAACUCAUCCCAAUAUCGUUCAAUUGCUGGAGACGUUCGAGGACAAGCACAAGGUCUAUCUAGUUAUGGAGCUGGUCACCGGUGGCGAGCUGUUCGACAGAAUCGUUGAAAAGGGUUCAUACACAGAGAAAGACGCGUCCGGCUUAAUAAGACAAGUGCUCGAGGCGGUCGACUACAUGCACGAGCAGGGUGUCGUACAUAGAGACCUCAAACCUGAGAAUCUUCUGUAUUAUAGCGCAGAUGAGGACAGCAAGAUCAUGAUCAGCGAUUUCGGCCUAUCGAAGAUGGAGGAUUCCGGAAUUAUGGCGACCGCAUGCGGUACCCCGGGUUACGUCGCACCCGAGGUUCUCGCGCAGAAACCCUAUGGCAAAGCGGUGGACGUUUGGAGCAUAGGUGUCAUCUCGUAUAUCCUCCUGUGCGGUUAUCCUCCGUUCUACGACGAGAACGAUGCCAAUCUAUUCGCGCAAAUUCUCAAAGGUGAAUUUGAAUUUGAUUCACCGUACUGGGACGACAUCAGUGAUUCCGCGAAGGAUUUCAUUCGAAAGCUGAUGUGCGUCAACGUCGAGGAGCGUUACACUUGCAAGCAGGCUCUUGCACAUCCUUGGAUUUCCGGCAACGCAGCUAGUAAUAAGAACAUCCACGGUACUGUAUCAGAACAACUUAAAAAGAACUUUGCCAAAUCGAGGUGGAAGCAAGCGUAUCACGCGGCCACGGUCAUACGGCAGAUGCAACGGCUGGCGUUAAACAGCGGCCAGCAACAGCAGCAGCAGCAGCAGGUGCAAGAGGGUACAGGUUCGAUCGGCCCCUCCGGCGGCAACCCCAUGCAAUAUCGAGAACAGUCGCAAAUCAGCUACAACCAGCACACGGGGUCGCUACCCUCGAGCCACCUCAGCAACUGAAGCAGACCGGCAUCGUUCCUGGCGUCGCCGAGCGUCUGCUGACGUCUACGAUCUCACUUCUCACGCCAUUCCAAUUUCUCCCGCCGAUCGUUUCGUCGCCGACGCUAUAUUAUAUAUGCGCAACAAACCAACGCUUCAAGCUGUGGGGCAGCACACGACGCACCGCUCUCUCUCUCUCUCCCCCCCCCUCCCCCUCCUCUCUCUCUCUCUCUCUCUCUCUCUCUCUCUCUCUCUGUCCGUUCUAUUUCCGGGACAACUUGGGAAGCAACGAAAGCGUAAGAAGAAUCCAGGUAAAGUCUUGCGAAAGACCAUCCGGUUGCAUCACCGCGAUGUAGCGUUUGAGCUACAGGAGCGACGGGGAUAGAUUACACUGUUCAACAAGAAAUAUCUUUUUUUCAAACACCGGAAAGAGACUAGUCGUUACUUUUAGUUUUUUGGAUGCUGAAUACCAAUAUCAAACCAGCAUAACAAAUUUCUUUUAAGGUUGUAAGUCCUAAUAAUAUACUUUAUUUUGAUUGCGAUAAAACUUCUUUAGCACGUCAUAUAUGUAGCUGUAAUAUAACAAAAUUCAUGAAAAAAGCCCUUUUUUGCAACUUUAA